AUGUUCACGGAGCUGAGAACCAAGCCGAGCCCCCCGCGAGGCCGUGCCGGGGCUGUGCGCGCCGGCUUCGGGGAGCGUCGGGAUGUGGAUGCCACUGCCCAUUUCAACUUCUGCCGGACCCUCCUGGAUCACACGGUGUCGGCCGAGAACAUCCCCUGCCCCCUACCUCGUACACCGGGUACCAGCCUCACGUGGCAUGACUCCCGAAGCCAGAGGGCGGCUGGAGGCCGGCCGGUCAAGCUCCUGCAGCAGCCUGGCACCGAGGCCCCCCAGGGCCGGCUAUACUCUGACCACUAUGGCCUAUACCACACGAGUCCGUCGCUGGGUGGCCUGACGAGGCCUGUGGUCCUGUGGAGUCAGCAGGACGUCUGCAAGUGGCUCAAGAAACACUGUCCCCACAACUACCUCGUCUAUGUGGAGGCCUUCUCUCAGCACGCCAUCACUGGCCGGGCGCUGCUGCGGCUGAAUGCAGAGAAGCUGCAGCGGAUGGGGCUGGCGCAGGAGGCGCAGCGGCAGGAGGUGCUGCAGCAGCUGCUGCACCUGCAGGUGCGCGAGGAGGGGCGGAGCCUGCAGCUGCUCAGCCAAGAGAUGACCGAUCCCUUUUGUGUUGGAGGAGGCCGCCGGGUCCCAGGAUCCAGCAGGAGCGGGCCUGGGAAGGAUGGCAGCCGGAACGAGGUCCGACUUCCUGUGCUCCAUGAGCCCCCAAAGCUGGGGCUGCCAGUGGUCCGGGCUGGGCAGACGGUGCCCAGCCAGGCCGCACUCUGCUUUGACCUGGAAAGUCCAGCUGGCGACAGGACGGAAGGGAAGAAAAAGGGGCGUCCAAAAGCCGAAAAUCAGGCACUCCGAGACAUUCCCCUCUCCCUGAUGAACCAAUGGAAAGACGAGUUCAAGGCGCACUCGAGGGUAAAGUGUCCAAACGCAGGGUGCUGGCUGGAAUUUCCCAGCAUCUACGGGCUCAAGUACCACUACCAGCGGUGCCAAGGGGGUGCCAUCUCAGAAAGGCUGACCUUUCCCUGCCCCUUCUGUGAGGCUGCAUUUACCUCCAAGACCCAGCUGGAGAAGCACCGGAUUUGGAACCACAUGGACCGACCCCUGCCUGCCCCCAAGUCUGGGCCAGUCAGCCGGCCAGUCACUGUCAAUCGGCCAGUUGGGGUUAGCAAGCCCAUUGGAGUAAGCAAACCUGUCACUAUCAGCAAGCCCAUUGGCAUCAGCAAGCCAGUGACAGUCAGCCGGCCCAUGCCAGUCUCCAAACCAGUGACAGUCAGCCGACCUGUGCCAGUCACCAAACCAGUGACGAUCAGCAGGCCCGUGCCGGUCACUAAAGCUGUCCCGGUCACUAGGCCCAUGCCAGUCAACAAGCCUAUACCAGUCACCAAAUCUGUACCAAUUGCCAAGCCAGUGACAGUCAACAAACCGGUGCCAGUCACCAAGCCAGUGACCAUCAACAAGUCGGUGCCGAUGACAAAGCUUGUAACAGUUACAAAACCCGUGCCAGUUGCGAAGCCAGUGACAGUCAGCAGGCCCAUUGUGGUCAGUAAGCCAGUGACGGUCAGCAGGCCCAUUGCCAUCAGCAGACAUACACCACCCUGCAAGGUGGUGCUGCUGACCAAGUCUGAGAACAAAGCUCCUCGGGCUGCAGGGAGGAGCAGUGGUAAGAAAAGGACUGCGGAUGGCCUGGACGCCUGCCCCAUCCCGCCCAAGCACGCGAGGCCAGAGAACGGGGAAUACGGCCCGGCCACCCCGGAGCAGAGCUCGGCCUUCCAGCUGAGCACAGACCCCAGUAGCAGCCCCCUUUCUCUGGGCAGCAGGCCCUCAGGGGGCAAGGAGAUGCCGAGGGCUCCAGGCCCCGGGUCCCCGCCUGAGGAGGGUGCAGAGCGCAUAAAGCACAGAAGGAAACAGAAAACACCCAAGAAGUUUACGGGUGAGCAGCCGUCCAUCUCAGGGACUUUUGGACUCAAAGGGCUGGCCAAGGCAGAAGACAAAGCCCGCAUCCAUCGGGCCAAGAAACAGGAGGGUCCAGGCCCUGAGGACACACGGAAGAAGGGGCCAGCCCCCACCAGCACUGUCAGCAAAGACUUGCCGGCUCCUAUGACCCACCCAGCCACAGGUGGCCCUGAGGAGCAGUGGCAACGGGCCAUCCAUGAACGGGGGGAAGCUGUCUGCCCCACCUGCAAUGUGGUCACCCGCAAGACCCUCGUCGGGCUUAAGAAGCACAUGGAAGUGUGUCAGAAGCUGCAGGAUGCACUGAAGUGUCAGCAUUGCCGGAAGCAGUUCAAGUCCAAGGCCGGCCUCAACUACCACACCAUGGCUGAGCACAGCACCAAGCCCUCUGAUGCCGAGGCCUCGGAGGGGAGCGAGCAGGAGGAGCGGGAGCGGCUGCGGAAGGUGCUGAAGCAGAUGGGCCGAUUGCGCUGCCCCCAAGAGGGCUGCGGGGCUGCCUUCUCUAGUCUCAUGGGCUACCAGUACCAUCAGCGACGCUGCGGAAAGCCACCCUGCGAAGUGGAGACCCCAUCCUUCCCCUGCACCCACUGUGGCAAGCCCUACCGCUCCAAAGCAGGCCAUGACUACCACGUGCGCUCGGAGCACACAGCCCCGCCCCCUGAGGAUCCCUCCGACAAGGCCCCUGAGGCUGAGGACCCACUGGGUGUGGAACGGACUCCCAGCGGCCGUAUCCGCCGCACGUCGGCCCAGGUCGCUGUGUUCCACCUGCAGGAGAUCGCAGAGGACGAGCUGGCCCGAGACUGGACCAAGCGGCGGAUGAAGGACGACCUGGUGCCUGAGACUGCACGGCUCAACUACACACGGCCGGGCCUUCCUGUGCUGAACCCCGAGCUGCUGGAGGCAUGGAAGAAUGAGGUCAAGGAGAAAGGCCAUGUCAACUGCCCCAACGAUUGCUGUGAAGCCAUCUACUCCAGCGUGUCCGGCCUCAAGGCCCACCUGGCCAGCUGCAGCAAGGGGGACCACCUGGUGGGGAAGUACUGCUGUCUGCUGUGUCCCAAGGAAUUCAGCUCCGAGAGCGGCGUCAAGUACCACAUCCUCAAGACCCACGCGGAGAACUGGUUCCGCACUUCGGCAGACCCACCUCCCAGACACAAGGGCGUGGACUCCCCGGUGCCCAGGAAAGAGAAGAGUCCAGCCGGCGGGAAGAAGCGGGGCCGCAAGCCCAAAGAGCGGCCCUCUGAGGAGCCAGCCCCUGGGACGCCUCCCCGCCAGGACGACUGGCCCCCAGCAGGCAGAGACAAGGGGGCCCGGGGCUCCACUGGCCGGAAGGUGGGAGCCGGCAAGGCACCCGAGAAGUGA